AUGGAUGUAACUAGCAAGAGCGAAAGUCGGCUAGGCACUCUUUUUUUUCGAAACCUUUUGCGGCGAAGAUGCAUAUAUGCAACCGUGGCUUCACUGGAAAGUAGUCCAUUUCGACGUACACUUGGCUUGCGGUCGCUGGUGAGCCUUGGCGUUGGGGCGGUUGUUGGAGCUGGCAUUUUUGUGAUCACCGGCCAGGCUGCGGCUCUUUAUGCUGGACCUGCUCUUGCCAUUUCUUUUUUAUUAUGUGUUUUUCCCUGCCUCUUUACAGCUCUAUGCUACGGGGAGUUGGCGGCAAUGAUUCCUGCAGCUGGUAGUGCUUACACUCACACAGCUGUGGCGCUUGGUGAGUUUACCUCGUGGAUCGUCGCGGUAGGCCUUACCUUGGAAUGCCUGGUAUCUGGUUCCGCUGUAUCGGUUAGUUGGUCUUCUAGCGUUCAAUCUUUUCUUAGGGAGUUCUCUAUCGUGUUUCCGCCAGAAUUUGGAGGCUCACCGAUUGGUGUCUCGGGUAACGGUUUUUUUCUCACUGGUAAUUUGUUUAAUUUUCCAGCGGUUAUGUUAACGUUAUUCUGCUCAGUUGUUUUAUGUCUAGGGGUCUCUGAGACAGCCACUGUAAACAAUGUAUUUGUUAUUGUCAAGUUCAUGGUGCUUGGGAGUUUUUUUGCAUACGGAGUUUAUUUUGCAGUAACCCAUUGGGCCGAUUUCAAGUUCAAUCUCACCCCUUUUGUACCUCCCAACAAUGGUGAGCUUGGCAAAUACGGUGUGAGUGGAAUUCUUCGUGGUGCCGGCGUUGUUUUUUUUGCAAAUGUUGGAUUUGAUACCAUUUUUGCGAGUGCCCAAGAGUGCCGAAAUCCCCAGCGUGAUCUUCCACGAGGUGUCAUAUACACGUUGUUAAUAUGUUCUGCUCUUUAUUUCCUUGUGACUCUUGCGCUGACGGGAAUGGUGAAAUACACCUCCUUGAACGUUGACGCACCUGUCAUUAUGGCCCUUCGCGAGGUGGGAGCACCGCCAUUUCUGCGAAUUCUUGUCGACAUUGGCACAAUAUCGGGUCUUAGCUCAGUUUGUUUUGCCUGCCACUUUGCGAUGCCUCGCCUUGUCAUGGCAUUAGCUAAAGACGGACUUUUGCCACCUGUAUUGUCCUGUGUGCAUCCUCGACUGAAAACCCCUGUGAAUGCUACAUUAUUUUGUGGUGUAGCCGGUGCUCUCAUUGGCGGACUAUUCCCGCUGGAAAUGCUUGGCGAGAUUAUUUCGCUUGGUACACUUGUGGCUUUCACUAUUGUGUGUGUCUCCAUGUGGAAAAUUCGAAUUGAUUUUCCGGACUUUCCGAGGCCGUUUGUUGCCCCAUUUUUUCCUUUUGUUCCUCUUCUUGGGGUUACGUUCAAUUCUUUACAAAUGUUUUUCUUGCCGCUGGUAGCGUGGCGCAACUAUAUCGUAGUUGUGGUAAUUUCCUUAUCCUGGUACCUCUUCUACGGGAUCCGACACAGCAAACUGCACACACUGGACCCCUCUUCUUGGCGCGGUUUUGUUUACACCGAGAGCGGUACCGCACCGCAUUCAUCUAAGGAGGAGGGACGAAUGGAAGAGGCUUGCUCGCUUGAACUUCCCAUGGAGAUGGCGGGGCGAAGACGAACCUCCUUUUUGUCGGUAUAA